AUGUCGGAACUGAUAACAGUCGAAGAUUUCGAAGACCGCGCUGCAGCCAUUAUUCCGAAGGAAGCGUUCGACUAUUAUCAAAGUGGCGCCGACGAUGAGCAGAUGCGAAAAUUGAAUCGAUCCAGCUUCGAGAUGUUGCGCAUUCGACCGCGAAUGCUGCGGAACGUAUCCAACCGUGACAUGAAAGUGAAGCUGUUCGGAGAAGAAUAUGCGAUGCCCAUCGGGAUAGCUCCGACUGCUUUUCAGAAGAUGGCUCACCCGGAGGGGGAAGUGGCGAAUGCUCGUGCUGCAGCCAAUCGUAAGGUGCUGUUUACCUUAAGUACACUAUCCAACAGCUCUGUGGAGGAAGUAGCGGGAGCCGUUCCCAAAUCACCAAAGUGGUUCCAAGUGUACAUUUACAAGGAGCGUAAAUUGACCGAGCGACUAGUUCAAAGAGCAAAAAAGGCUGGUUUCAAGGCCUUCGUUGUCACCGUUGAUAGUCCAUUGUUUGGCAAACGUCGGGCAGAUAUUCGAAAUCGAUUUUCGUUGCCGCCUGGAUUAAAAGUUGCAAACUUCGAAGGAGAGCAAGCUGCUGGACUACAAGGACAGGGUGGAUCAGGACUCAACCAGUACGGUGAACAACAGUUAGAUCCUUCGCUGGUGUGGGAUGACAUUAAGUGGUUGAUCAAACUUGCCAAGCUACCGGUACUGGUAAAGGGGAUCCUCACGAAAGAAGACGCUAUGAUUGCAGUUGACAAAGGAGUUAGCGGCAUUUGGGUGUCCAAUCACGGAGGUCGUCAACUGGAUUCUGCUCCAUCCACGAUGGAAGCUCUUCCUGAAAUAGUAGCUGCGGUGGGAGACCGUACGACCAUAAUAGUAGAUGGAGGCGUAAGAGGUGGAAACGAUGUUUUCAAAGCAAUUGCACUCGGUGCAAAACUGGUUAUGAUUGGUCGACCUGCACUGUGGGGACUUGCUGUUAAUGGUCAACAAGGUGUGGAACGCGUUUUGGAUAUUCUUAAGGAAGAGUUGGAUACAACAAUGGCCUUGGCUGGGUGCCAAAAGGUUUCCGAUAUCACGCCUCUACAUGUGAUACAUCAAGAGUAUUACACGAAAAUUAAUAUGGAGCAAACACAGGCUAAAAGCAAAUCCAGAGGUAUGACUUGGUUUAAAUAAAUGUUUUAGAAAAAAAUCCAUACAGAUGUGUUUAACAGCUCCUAAACAAGCGUUUAAAGUUAUUUAGAAAGAUUGGCAUAACAUUGCAUUCAUGUC